UGAGCGAGUGUAAACUUUAUGUGUAGCAAAAGAGAAGAGAGCCACGCCGGAAGAUUGCCGGAUUGUACUCUCCCGCAGUCUAGUACUGUAGAGGACUCAUUGGUGGCUCCAAGGUGUUGGGUAGUGCUCCGGCUAUCGCGAAAUUGCCAGUUGUUUUCGCUCUAAAACACGAAGGACUCUGAAGUGGUUGUGUUGAGAAGGUAGGCUUUGGUGUUUAAGUGGUGUGAUGUGAUGGGCACAUCAGCGUCUAAACCCAGGUACCAAUGCCACGUAGUCAUUGUGGGUGGAGGAUUUGGUGGUAUAAAUGCAGCAGUCCAGUUGGAUUCAUAUUGCCAGGUCACCCUAAUUGACCCAAAAGAUGCAUUUCACAACAAUGUUGCUGCCUUGAGGGGUGUUGUAGAACCAUCAUUCAUCAAAAAGACACUGAUUCCCUAUGAAAAUGCCCUUCAGCACGGUACAUUCAUCAAAGCCAAGUGUGUCAGUGUACAUCUGUCGCUCAAGAAAGUCACCCUUUCUGAUGGACAGGAAAUUCAAUAUGAUUAUUUAAUUUUUGCUUGUGGUUCAUCAAAUCCUUUUCCAGGCAAAGUACCUCUUGGAAUGUCUAAAGAUGAUGCACAAAAGCUUUAUGAAGACCUGGCAAAAGAGGUCAAAAACAGCAAAAAAAUUGCAAUUAUUGGUGGAGGUCCAGUAGGGGUUGAGAUGGCUGGUGAAAUUGCUUGUGAUUAUCCAGACAAGCAGGUGACAAUAAUUCAUUCAAGAGAUAGGCUUAUUGAUGAAAGAAUGUCUGAAAAGUUCUUGAAGAAGGUACACAGUGCAGUGAAGUCAAUGAAGAUUACGACUGUACUUGGUGAAAAGGUGGCAAUGGAAGAACUCAAUUUUGAUGGCCAGAAGUCUUGGGUAAGUGGUCCCAUAACUCUAACCACCGACAAGGGAACCUCCAUUGAAGCAGAUUUAGUUUUACGAUGCACUGGAUUUAAAGUCAAUGCAGAUGCAUAUCGCUCUAAACUGUCUGACAAGAUGGACCACAAUACCGGUACUUUAAAGGUGAACAAGUACCUGCAGGUGGAAGAGAUGGAUGAUGUCUUUGCUGUUGGUGACUGUAACAACACAGAUGAAAUGAAGUUAGCUUAUGUUGCUGGAGUUCAAGGAGAGCUUGUAGCUUUCAACAUCAAGCAACUGAAUGAAAACAAGAAAUUAAAAGAACACAAGUUAUCCCGGCCUAUGAUGGUUGUCCCAAUAGGACRAAAUAAUGGAGUCAGCCAGCUACCAAAUGGAAGUGUGAUGGGAAGCUUUGUUACCAAAACCCUAAAAGGCAAAAAUUUAUUUACUGCUAAGUAUUGGAAGCUUAUGAACCAAAAGCAGCCAUAAGACUGAAACAAUCCUAUUUCAUAAUGAUAACAAUCAAAACAAGUUUUGCAAAGAAAAGGCACCAAAAUUCAGCUGAAAACGGGAUACAAUUACUGAUUCUGUCAUUUCAAAGACAAAAAAUAUUUCUUGAAAUUCCCCGAUUUUGUCCCUUCAACUAAACUUUGGGUUACUUCUGUACAUUUGAUGUCAUUAUGAAAUAGGUCAAAUGUCAAGUCACUAUGAAUAGCGGCAGGAAAUUGGUAUGUUAUAAUAUACUUCUGCCAUCCAUAACUUAUUGAUACUUCUAUACCUUAUUCCAACUUGGGUCUAUUCUUCUUCCUCUGAAACUACAUAAUCCUUUCGUUCGGAGCUAAAUGGUCUAUUAAGAUAAAUGGAGGGGUGGGGUUAGGAUUGUCUCCUUACGUCCACGCAUGGGUGAUUCGACUCCAGGAAAUCAAUAUUUUUGGCCACUGUAACCAGUUUUGAUUUAGUUUUGUGUGUUCAAGACUAAGAAAAUCAUUCAUAAAUAUUAGUCAUUAUUCUCUUUCUGAGAAGAAAGACCACUGACAUUAAAAAUGUACAUUCCUGAUUUUUGCUGUCGGUAAUUGGAUGGAUAUCGACGUGGUAUUACCAGACCUAAAAAAGUCAUAAAGAAGUAUGUGGAAACUAAGAUACUUUCUUUCUUUCUAACUAUGCAUCUUUAUAAUUUUUUCAAUAGCUUAAAGCCUUAUUCAAAGAUUUUUAUCUCAAAUAUGGGUUUAGCCAGAAUUUUAUUGUCGAAACAAUCAUUGUAGCUAUAGAAACAGUUUAAUGAUUCAAUCAAUGUGUCCCUAUUACCUCAAAGUGGUGCACGUACAUAAACCUUUAAGUAGGACAUUAUUUAUUGUUGGUAAGACCUUAAGUUAAGGGUGAAUCCAAAAUGGUUUUAGCGUUUCAUACACAUUCUUAGAAAGUUACUAUAAUUUUAAAACAAGCAACAUAUAAUAUAGACUGAUAAUGACUAGCGGUUACUAGUUUGGACUGCAUAAGUGUGUUAAAUACAACAAGUGAAUAAGGAGGAAAUGGAAACACAAUGUUUAAUAUAGUUACAAACUCUUUUACGUGGUAUUUAAGUAUCCUUCUUAACUUGGUAUAUAGUAUAAACUGUCAUGAUAUAUGGGUACGUCUAAUCAAAUGUCCAAGUCUAGUUACCAGUCAGCUUUUAUGUUUGCUUUUUAUGUUGAAAAAAAUUGUAUAAGGAGGCCCUAUUAGGAGGUACCCUUGGCCUCUGUUUAAAACUUCUUAACUACCUAUGUCACAUUUUCGGAUUGCUCUUGUGUUGCAUGUCGGAAUGUGUAGUUCCAAAAAUUAUCCAUACCCCCCUCAAGGAGGAAUUUUUUUAAGACACCCCCUACCCCCGGAAAUUCCAAUUUUCUUCCAUACAAACUCUGUAAUUUUUGUUCUUUCUCUGACCCCCCCUACGCUUCAGAAAUUCCAAAUUCCUCUGUGGGGUGGCAUGGGUAUGGAUGAUUUCUGGAACUACACAAUACUUACCCCUAAUUUAUUAUGACAGCUUUGCUGUCUGUAAUUCAUUAGAGCAGUCUAUUGUUUGUCACUAGCUUGUGGCUUUCAAUGCCAUGUCUUUAGUCAAAAUGUACCACUAACAGGGCCUCUAUGAGGAAUAAUUAUUGUAAUAGUAGUUUCAAAAUGAAACUUUAAUAUUGAAAAUGGUUGCCUUUCUAGCAGGUCACUCUAGGAUACAAAGUGCAUUGAUCAAGCUAGACUUGUAUGUUAGUUCCCCAAGCUAUCCCAUGUUGCUUUGUAGUAAAUGUACUGAUGUAUUUGAAAUUAUAAUUUAAGAUUAGGAUAGGAGGAUGCAAGAGUGCCGUUAAUUUUUUUCUUAGCAUAUAUGCCUCAGCAUUAGGAACAUGCCAGCCAUGCAUGAUAUAUUUAGGUGUCAUUUAUUAUAAAACCUCCAGCUGCAUAACAGUUGAUGCCCUACUAGUACAUUUGUUCAUUACCAACCAACACAACAUCAGUAAUCCCAGAACAAAACCUUGUAGUCUUCAUGAAGACAGAACUUUAACCUGUAAAAUAGYAAUCAUUCAGAACAUUUUAGUACAAUGUUUUUCAUUCAUUUUGUUGUCUAUGAAUAACUAGUGUAUUUAACCUGUACAAUAAAAUCUACCAAGGAAAAAGCCCAUUUCUGAGAUGUUGUAACCAAGUGCAUCAUAGUGAGGCUAGGUCACUGCAAAGUUUGAAGUGCUUCAAAGUGUGAAAUACAGUAGUACAUAGAGGUAUUACUUGGCUGGCUGAGAUGUGGAUUUUAUCUUCAAGUUUUGAGGGGAUAUCUUACAAGUGAGUGCAGGAAACAAGUAAGAUAUUCUCUACAUAAGAAUAUAAAAUUUUUAUCUCCAAGCAGUCAUUUGAUAUUGUUUAACAUAUAAUUAUUGACGAAAUACAAUUUCGGUGGAUUUUUACUAUUUAAUGCAGUUUCUAAGAAUUCUAAUGAAUGAAUGGUGCAUAUGUGAAGAUAUCACCCUUUAGUAGCAGAGAAAAAUAGAAUUCAUCGAUGAUUGUACUGAUUAAAAAACAUUCUUGAUAAUGCCUCUCAGAAAUGGGCUAUAAGCCUUCCAUUGCUCUUUGUACUCAUGAGCAUUAACAAGAAGCUGUAAUUUUAAUGAGACGAAGGGUUUAUUUUGAGUUAAAUAUGUAUUGCUUAAUUCUAGGCAAUAUGCCUAGCUAAAGAAUGCACAUGAGAAGAGCACUGUAUAUGACUCCAGAAGUUGCUGCUACUGUAUUGCAAUGUGUUUUGCUGUACUAUGGUUAAGCUGGUUGAUUACCAAAAGGAUUCUUUAAUUUGGCUCAACACAUGCAUGAGAGUAAAGCAGCAUCUGAGUAGAACUUCAACACAAGUCUUGUGGUUAAAACAAAACCAUGGAAUGGGUGUUUACAGCAGUGUUAACUUUUAUUAGACUAACAUGUUGAAUAUAUCUUGGGUUUACUUAAGUUAUUAAUUAUUAAUAUGUCAUAUAUAUAAUUUAUUAAGUAUGUCACAUUGAAAAGGUUCUUUCACUGGAGAAUUAUGUGAACUAAUUAAGGUCCUUUAGAUGAAAUUUUAACUGAUGAUCAUGUGGAAUGAUGUUGCAAGAUAGGUUUCCUGAGGGGUGUUUCAUGUCAUACCUUUGGAAACUUGUCUCUCAACAGACAACUCAAGAUAGUUUCACAAUGCUGUACUUAUGAGCCAUUUCGAGGUUGAGUUGUCAUUACACUGCAUGGUGGGAUGGUUUUAGAGGAAGAAAAUAGACAACCUCAGAGUGGCUAAUUUCAAAAUGGUUGUCAGAGCCAUACAUAGGCAAUAGCCAUUAGGACAUAGGUCAUUCCAAAAUCAAAAUGUUGUUGGAACGACUAGUGUUUCUUUUUGUUAUUCUCGUCCAGAACAUUAACACUGAGGUUAGUGUAGAGAUAUCCAAUUUCAUUUGUAGUGGAUGAAUCCAUUUUAAAGGCCUCGAUCAUUCAUGUUUAGUUGUAUUCCCAUAACUAGAAUUCCUUUGGGUCUUAGAAUGUUCCGUCACUCAUCUUACUUUGACAACCUUUGCUCUGAAAUAAGCAUAUAAACAGCUAUUUGUUGUGAACCAGUUGAAUAUCUUAAAAAAGCCUUGGCCACAAAAAUUUAAAAUUUCAUUUUUUGAUGGGUCCUUUUCUGCACUAAUUGUUAGCAAUCGAAGUGGUUUAGUUUUUUACUUAAUUUCAAUUUCAGUUUAUUGUUUCAUAGUUUAAUGCCUACUUUUUUUAGGAUGUGUUAUUUAAUAGUUUUUCUUAGUAAUGAGUGGUUUUAUUUUUUACUUCAUUUCAGUUUUACUUAAUUGCGUAGUUGAAUGUCUAGUUUUUGAGCCGUGUCAUUUAGUUUUUUAUUAACUUUAAUUUAGAGAUAGCCACACUGUAAAGGAUGUGUGAAUAAAUAAAAUUGUCAGCUUGA